AUGGACGCUGCCGGCGGAGGCGCCGCCGUGGUAGUGGGCGGCCUCGACGACGCGGACGCCGCCUUCUUCUCCCGCCGCGGGCACCGCUGCUGCGGCUGCUUCUGGGCGGCGCCGCCGUGGGCCUCGUCGUCGUCCCCGCAAGCGCGGCGCGGGAGCGGGGGCGGGGGCGGGGGCGCCGACGAGGAGUGGUGGCACGGCGUCGGGGAAGAAGGGGGAAGCGGAGCAGCGUCAGGCAGGAGGCGUCGGUGGUUGCGGCGCGGGGUGGACGCGCUGAUGAAGGUGCGGGAGUGGUCGGAGCUGGUGGCCGGCCCGCGGUGGAAGACCUUCAUCCGCCGGUUCCGUUUCCGCCGCAGCAGCGGCCCGCGCCACGGGGCCAACAACGGCGGCGGGGGCGGCAAACUCAACUACGACCCGCUCAGCUACGCGCUCAACUUCGACGACGGACACGGAGCAGGCGGCUGCGGCAGCCCCGGCGAGGGCGGCGACUACCGCGACUUCUCCGCGCGCUUCGUCGCGCUCGCGCCGCCGCCUGGGUCGUCGGCCAGGUCGUCCAUGGACCUCGGCGGCCGCGACGCGCACACGCCGCCACUGUUCCUCCACCACCACCCGCACUCCCCACGCCCGCCUGCUACGGCCGCCGCGAGGGGAUGA